GGCAGAGGUUGGUUUGGUUGCCUUAGUAGUCAUGUUCUGGAGUGCCACACGAAGAGAAGCUAGCUAUCUUUUGAACAGCGCAUUCUGUUCUUCCAGUCCAGCGACUUCCUCGAAUUGGACCGUUGCCUGGAGCCACUCCUGUCCCUGGAGGCUCGCUGGGUCCAGUCCCUGCUCAGCCUCGAAGUGGACCUGGAGUGCGCUCACCCUCCCGUAGGCCCGGCUAGGGGGAUCUGGAGCGCUGCGCAGGCAGCAGUGAUGCAGGGAUGGAAGCGGGAAAGGAAGUUUUGGAGCAGCUCCGGGAGCAACAAGUUUGGCACUUUGCAACAGGCUGGCUAUGUGGACGCAGCCAAGUAUCCGGGCCGAAACGCCUUCGCCAUCAGCGUCACAGACUACAGGGGGACGAUACUGGCCUUGGCGACAAUUCUCGACAAACGCGCGGACACAGCAGAGGAGGCUCCGCUAUAGCACUCGCCACCCAUACAAGUGAGGAUGCCGUAGUGGUCUUCACCGACUCUGAAACAGCGGCACGCAACUACAUGAAGGGCAGGAUCUCCAUCAAAGUGAUGAACAUACUGAAACGUGGCGACACUCCUCCCCCCUACACCUGUAUCAUGUGGGUUCCGGGACACGAGGGACUCGAGGGGAAUGAAGCGGCACACACCGCGGCCCACGCAAGCGUCAAUCGGGCCUCCCCGCACGAGAUUCUCGACAUGUCCCACUCACCCAAAUCAGCGGAGAAAACGUAAACAAUACCGCUAACUUACCAAGCACUACUGCAGCACUAUCGGCUUGGACGCAGGGUAUACCCUCCACCACAUCCAAAACUAACGAGAAAUGAAGGCACCGACUACAGGCGACUCCAGAGCAAUACCUUCACCUACGGAAGCUUACUGCAUCAUUUCCACCCGACGCUAUACAGCUACACCUGUCCACACUGCAACGUGUCAGACACCCUGGUGCACCUCCUACUGCAAUGCAAGAACACCCGAGCAAAAAUCACAGCGACACAACCAGUAGCAGCAGAUGCAGACCCAACCCUACUUGCUGAGACGUGGGAGGCUGCUAUCUCCAAGCCGGACCUGGU